AUGAGUUACAGAAGUUUGCGUUCCACAACUUUAAAAACGUCUUUUGCGCAAUUGGAUGAUUUUCUUUUAAAUCAUUCUCUUCCGGAUCUUGGUGAAGAUCUUCUACUUCAUGAGGUUGAAAAACAAUACAAUUGGUUACAAUGUUUCAAUGUUGACACCAGUAAUGAUGCAUCAAUUAGUAAAACUCAUAAUCAUCCAGAGAAGCAGCAGCGACAAAAGAAUUCAGAAAAACAAGACAUCAAAGCAGCGACAAGUUCUCUAACUGAUGCAGAAGACGAGGAAGAUGAGGAAGAGGAAGAAGAUGAUGAUGCUGAUAAUUACGGCGAAGAGGAAGGGUUAGAACAGGAGGAGCAACAGGAAGAAGAAGAAGAAGAUGAUGAUGAAGACGAAAAAGUAAAAGUAAAAGCCAGUAAUAUAGAAGUUGAAGAGAGUUCCAGAAAGAAAAGAAGCAAUAACCCUACGCGUGAAGAAUUGUUAUUGGAAUUGAAUAGUCUAUACGAGCCUUCAGAUGAUGAGAAAUCAAUUAGUUUCGACAAAACUGGUGAGAAUGAUUCAGAUGAUGAUUUUUAUACUGGUGUUGAUAUCAGUGCUCUAAUUCAUAAGGAUACAAACUUUGCAAAGAAGAAACCAACGACAUCCAAAUACAUCGAAGAAAAAACAUUCAAAGGAAUUGAAAUGGACCUCUUCAAAAAACAAAGAAAAAAAAAAGUUUGGUGUUUAUCUGGAUUAUAUGCUAAGGAUGCUGGCCUAGAUAAUAAUAAACAGGAAGAUGAUGAGGAAGAAGGGAAAAAGCCUGAUAAUUUUGAAUUUAUCUUUCCCGAAAAUAAGACAUUUUUCUCGGUAGAAACCGAUUAUAAACUUCCUUUUAAUGUUUUUUGCCCAAAUAUGCUUGAUGACUCAGCAGAUAAAUCUGUUUUUGACACCUUUACACAAACUAAUGUUAAUAAUCAUCAAGAUAAACUUAUUUCCUUGAACAAAACAUACACAGUAAAUGGUGAUGAAAUUAGCGAAGAUGCUGAAACAGACCGGAAAUAUCAGGAAUACAAGAACUCUAAUAACAUAUACGAUCAUAGUGGUGUUGAGGUUUUCGAUACGGAUAUUAAAGGUUACGGCCUUAGAGCAGUUAGAGAGUACCAACCCGAUGAACUUGUCAUGGAGUAUACUGGUGACAUUUUGAGUUAUCAAGAAUUUAACCAAUUGCAAACUACUAAAGACUACUGUUUGCAUUUUGUUGAUGGUUUUGUACUAGAUUCCUUCAAGAAUGGAUCACUAGCCAGAUUUAUUAAUCAUUCAAUUAAACCAAAUUGUUACUUUAAGGUGUUUUUGGCUAAUGAUAAGGGAGAAUUGAAACCUAAGGUAGGGAUAUUUGCGUGCUCAGAAACUAUCAGUUCUGCAGAUGAAUUAACUUUGGAUUAUAACACAAACAGGGUUCAUUAUAUUAAACCACAAAGAUGUUAUUGUGGUGAACCUCAAUGCAAUGGAUUUAUUAGGGAGUUUUACAAUAAAUUGAAUUUAAUUAAUUUCCUAAGUUUCAAUAUUUUCUAUUCUUCGAAUAGCGACUUGUUUAAUGCUGGAGAUAUGACAAAUAUCAGACACCUUAUAAAGGCAGGGUCUGCCACCAAUUAUUCUCAAAAAAAGCUAAAAAAGUUAUCUAUUUUUUGCUCAAUUCCUACGGAUGAGGAUAGGCAUGAAUCUUAUUUUUAUGUUGUGGGCAGUAAUGAAGCUUACUUUAUCAGAAAAGCUGAAGAAUUGAAGAAAGCUGAGGAAAGAGAGAAGCGCCUUGAAUCCAAUUACACCGGAGACAUUGAUCUUGACUCUGAUUUUGACGAAAUUAGAGCCAAGAAAUUAAAGAGGAAAACUCCAUUUGGAAGAAAGAGUUUGAGCGCAGAAAAAAUUAAAAGGCCAAGUCUGACAAAUGGCUCAGCUGAGUUUAAUGCAUUGCCUCCCAAAUUACAAAAGCAAUUGGGAAUUGAUAUGGUUAUGGCCGAUUUGUGA